UGUAGGUGAUAAUCGCAGCUAAAAGUGCCUACUUACCGAUACCUAGGUACCUAAAGUAUUGGACUUUGGAUUUGGCAUAUUCCAUUGUAGCAUCUAUCCUUGCUACUCGGUAACGUCUCAUACGAUAAUACUAAAGGGGGCCGUAGCAAUACAGGUGGGACUAGUAGAUGUGAAGGUACCCAGUACAACUCCUACCUCCUUUUUGGUAGGAUGUGCAUACCGAAUGUCAUGGGAUUGCAGGGGGGGUGAGAAAGGGGGUGGGGGCGGUUUUUUUCCUCAAUACGUAAGUAUACCGAACAUAUCAAUCCCCAUUAAAGAGAGUUGACGAACCUGAAAAUAGGUCGGUUACAAGUAGAGUUGGACAAGUGGCUUGUCUUAGCCGUCACUGUCAUUACUAAGACAGAUCACUUGAUCACUUAAAGAAAAAACGCAAUGGAAGAAGAGCAACAGCCAGUUCAAGAGGGGAUCUCGGUAGGAUUCACGGCCGCUCCGUCGGGGACCCAAGCGCGCUUCCACACGCUAAACCAAGGCGACGAGAUUCAGCGGGAGAACAUCACUGAUGAUACAACCACGGGCCUUCUAAUCCAAGCCGAUCUACUCAAGGUCAUCCACGGCCAAGAAGUUCCGGGUGGCGAGGCGGCCACGUUAAUAGUGGUUGGGUUCCGCUUCCAAGGUAUUAACCAGCGACGGCGGUUUCGGGAGGUGCAGGUGACGAUUCACUUCGAAGACGAGAAAGAGCCGCUGCUGUACGAUCCGGAAACGAUAGCAGUAUGGCCGGAUCGCGAGUAUAGCUAUGAGGAGACGUCAGUGACUGUGGAGGAUACACGCUCGGUUGAUGGAGGCGCGUCGGCGGGCGCGUCUGGGGCCGAAGUAUCGCUCACGGGCAAAUGGGAAGUAAAGGAGACGACGGACCGAGCGAAACGAGCGAUAGUAACGGGGGCACGGGUUCGGCGAGGCCGCAAUUAUGGCAAGCGCAAUGCGGUGGCCCUCAGCCUAUAUGAGAACGAGAGUCAGAAGUCAGGUGUCAUACGGGACUUCCGCACCGCCAUCCUGCUACGGCUGCACGAAGACACUGUUCGCUUCCGCGGCUAUUUUUCAAUCGAUGCCCUGGCUGACGUCCGUUAUAAGACCUCCUGGAUUAUCCACCAGCUGAUCGGAGACCGCCGGAAUGACCCAGUUAUCUUCAAGCGCGGCGUUCAGUUCUACGGACCAAGUGGCACUCCCACCGACCCGGAGAUUGACGAGAGUAACCUUCGGUCUGUCAGCUUGCGUCAGUUGGGUGACGCCGUGUCUAUUACCAGGAUCCACACAGCUAGAGAAGACAAGGCUACAUAAUCAACUCCCGAGUUAUCCGCGGUGCUAUGUAAGGUAGGUAGCGAAAGGAAUAGACGUGAAUAGUGAAAGAUAUGCAAUAGCAAUAUUUAGGAAAUGAAGAGCGAGCCAAUAGACAAAAAAAAAUCAAAUUUACAAGGGGCAUAACAUCGAAGGGUUGGGGUUUGUUCGGUAGGUUAGGGGGUAAGAGGUUGCAUCGAACAAGGGCAGCGGGUCCUAAUUGAGCAGUUCUGCAUGAUGUAUCGGGUACAAAACGAGCAAUAUUAUGCACACUAAUGCAGAACGUCUUUCAGCUCUAUUCCAAACUGCUACAUCAACCCAGGCGCCGUACUCCCCCUGGUG